CACAUGGUGUACUACUUCCGGUGACAGGUGCACGUACGGAGGCACAUGCGCAAUACUCUCAUCCAACAUGGCCGCCGACUUCCCAUUUCCGUCAAUGACAGGAGAAAUCGCCGGGAUAUUCCGUCUCAUCCUCGCUCAUUCCUUCACUUUCACAGGCUAGAUGUAGAUAGCAGGCCUCACCCACACCCAUCCCAACCAUGAAUAUUAUGAGGAAGUUCAUGGGUCGUGGCCGCACGGCCGGCGACGACGCCCCUACCCAGGACAACUCGCUGGGGCUGAUGCACCUGCGCAGACUCUUCAUGGAGCUGUGCCACUCCCCAACAGCCAUGUCACAGACUGAACAGGAGGACAAACUGUACAUGAUGUUACCACUCUUCUGUAAGGUGUUUGGAAAUGCAUCAGCCACUGAAAUGACAGAGAAGUUUGGAGACAUCCUGCAGUUCAGUAGCCACUGUGGUCGCCUGAUGGUGAACGAGAUCAGGAGACGAGCAUCCAACAAAUCUACAGAGGCUGCAAGUUGUUCCAUUGUGGAGUACUUAGAGAUUAAAACUGUUGAGGAGACCAGCUGUGGAUGGAUGCUGCUCACCAGUCUCAACCUGCUCGCUGCUGGAGGAAAGGAAAUUGUUGACUGUAUGACAGCCCAGUCUCUGCCUUCCACCCUGGUCAAGUGUCUCUACCUGUUUUUUGACCUUCCACCUGUGACCCCUGACCCCCCGUUGUCACCAGAAACAGAGGUCACAGGCAACGAGUCAGAGUUCACCCCAUACGAGAGAAGAGUUUUGUUGCAAAAAGUAUUUGUGCAGUUAUUGGUAAGACUUUGCAGCCAUGUGUCCCCAGCAGAGGAGCUAGCUCAGAAGGAUGACUUGACACUGUUGUUCAGUGCUAUCACAAGUUGGUGUCCACCCCACAACGUCCCGUGGAGAAAGAGUGCUGCAGAAGUGCUCAUGACCCUGUCCAGGCAUGGCCUGAGUGAUCCAGUGGUCAACUACAUCCACUCCAAACAGUGUGUAGCCCUGUGUGUGGACAACAUGCAGCGUAGUCAGGAGUUGUCGCCGCUGGAAAUCGUGGAGAUGUUUGUCACGGUUUUCUGCUUCCUGAAGGACUCCAGCGAGGUGUCGCAGACUCUUCUGGACGACUUCAGAUCCUCACAGGGGUACAACUUUCUGGCAGACUUCCUCCUGAGACUUGAACAGACGACCCAGGAAGAAGCACGAGAGGCUCUGCGUAACCUGGUUCUCCUGGUGUCCUCGCUGUCCAUGUGUGGCUAUCUGGAGCUGAAGCCCAGCACUGCCAACAGUGGGGCUCCCUUCCAGCAGCCUGGCUUCACUGUACCACAGCCUACAGGACAAGGUGUGAGUGUAAGGAACAUCCAAGCUUUCCAGGUGCUCCAGACAGUUUUCUUGAAGGCCACCUCCUUACAUCUGCUCAACACUGUCCUGGAUGUGGUGUACAGCAUAUACCAGUCUGACAAUGCCAACUACUUCAUUCUGGAACCACAGAACACACUCUCACAGUUUGCAGAGAAAUUGUACCUUAAACAGCCAGAAAUACAGCUGAAGUUCUUUGAGAUUAUAGAGUUCAUCGUGUUCAACUUAAACUAUGUGCCCUGCAAGGAGCUGAUCAGCCUUAGUAUUCUCAUUAAGUCCAACAACUCAAUAGAUAGCAGCAUUACAGCCAUGCAGAGUCUGCUGAAAAUUCAGGCACACAGCACCAUCUACAAAGACGUGUACAGAGAGGUGGGCCUGCUGGAUGCCAUGGUGUCCAUACUGAACAGAUAUGCAGGCAUGCUGAAGGAGCGCAUGGGGCAGCCUGUAGAAGAAGGUCAAUCCAUCCAGCCAGUCCAGGUCCCAGAGGAAGAGGAGCGGCUAGCGUUUCUUGUCAUGGACACUCUCGUCCUGGUCCUGAAGAACAACUCCACCAACGCCGGGGUCUUCAGAGAAUGUGGAGGUGCCCGCUGCGCGCACAACUUGGUGCCGUACAUGCAGUGUCGUCAGCAGGCACUAGCGCUGGUGCAGCAGCUAGUCCUGUCCAGUGGGGGAGAUGAUGAUAUGGGGACCAUACUGGGCCUGAUGCACACGGCCCCGCCCUCAGAACUACAACUCAAGGCGGAUAUUCUCAGGGCGUUACUGUUCGUACUGCGAGAGAAUCACCGAACACGCACAGUUUUCCGGAAGGUGGGCGGAUUUGUGUACGUCAUGUCCGUGCUGGUUUCCAUGGAGGGUUGCCUGGCACAACCACCUCUAGGGGAAUGGGGAAAAGUGGACCCCCUGUUGGUACAAAACCUCUUGCACACCGUUUUCCACACCCUCACUGCUGCCAUGCGGCACGAGCCAGCCAACGCUAAAUUCUUCUCCACUGAAGUCGGGUACUCCAGUCUUGCCGAAGCCAUCAGAUUACUGGGUUGUUUCUCCCCUACCACUGAACUCCCAAGGGAGUAUGUCGACCCCUCUACUGGGAGACAACUCACACCAAGUGAAAGACAGCCAUUCAGUCGCUCUUUCAAUGAUGAGGAUGAACUCUUAUUGGCUGUUGUUCCCCAAAGAUUACUCUCAGCCUACGGCAUGUUCCGCCAUCUUUACCUGAUGGCGAUAGAUUCGUAUGACAGUCGAGCACCCCCGUCCAGACCGACGUCGCCAAGUGUCGUUGCGACGUCACCAGUACACAAGAGACCAACCAGAUCAGCCCCUCCCUCUCCGCUGCACCGACAGGUUCCAACGACACCUCACAGGUCCCAACACUCUCAGUACAAUCUGCGGACCCAGUCCCCCCAGCAUGGUGUAUACGGCCGGGAACAGCCCAACAUUGUACAUGCUGGCGCCAUCCUUGCCAUGGUGGACCUCAUCCCUUCCAUCACCUCAGAGGAACAUGCACAGCUUGCCCUUGACCUACAGCUGCACAUAGCAGAUGUAAUCCAGUGGUUGGUGAAGGUAGAAAGGAACCAGCAGGUGAUGUGUAACUCUGGCCUGCCCUGCCACCUGCUGAAGGUCUGUAAUAUUGCCUUUGCCAAGGAGGAACACCUCCUGCACCAGCCUCUGCAGAGAACGUACGAGAGACUCGCCUCACAGGCGCUGGAGCCUAUGGAUCUCAGGGAGUUCUUGAGACUGGGAUCUCCCCUGUGCUGUGAUCCGUGGGAUGAAAAAUUUAGCCAAGUGGACCAAAAAGAGGAGGAUUCCCAAAGCCUUGUUUCUGACAAUGACUCUGUGUGCAACGGGGACCUGGCAUUGUUGUCUGAUCCUCGUGUCAUCAAAACCACACCAAACCUGCUCAAGGCCGGAGGCGACGCCAUCCCCCUCACCAGAGUAAAGUGUUUGGUCUCCAUGACGACGCCGAGGGACGUACGUCUGCAUGGAGCGUCCGUCAUGCCAGCGUUUGUGGAAUUCGACAUGGGGCCGGAGGGGUUUGGGUGCUUGUACAUGCCUAAUAUAGCUCCCCAAGGCCCCCCUGCUGCCUCGGUUAUUGGUGUGACGACAGUGGGCGGACCAGGAGAUGCAAACAUUGUGUGUGGCAUCGGAACAGGUGAUCGUCUGUUCCCGCCCUUGUCAGGGCUGACCUUUUCAGCCUGGGUGUGUAUCGACCGCUACAGCUCCCCUCUAGCGGACCCCCACCCUGUCCGCCUGCUGACCCUGGUGCGGAAUGUCCUGGGUACAGACCUGCACUACGUGUGCCUGUCUGUCAACAUCAGCACCAGGGACAGGAACAUUAUCGUCAGCACACAGGAGGAACUACUGCAGUAUAUAGGUUCAGAGGAAGCCUUGGAGCCGCGGAACGCCCUGGCAGAUGUCCCUUCCGUUGUCCGUUUCUGGUGCCCGACCCUGGCAGACGAGGGCCAGUGGCACCACAUCGUCCUGGUGCUGAACCGUGCUGUGCUGAAGAACAGCACGGCUGCGCUGUAUGUGGAUGGGAAACACAUCGGGACCCAGAAGCUGCACUACAUCCACAACUAUCCAGGAGGGGGAAGCAACCCCAACCCUACAGCUAUCACCUCCACAUACAGCUAUAUUGGAACACCUCCUGCUCUCCAUCGCCACUCUCGGUUGCUAUGGAGACUUGGCCCCGCCCACAUGUUUGAGGACGUCCUGGCCAACAGUGCAAUCCACACCAUUCACAAGCUGGGGCCUAAUUAUGUAGGCAGUUUCCAGGCACCCCACAUCUAUGGUACCAAGGCUGAUGUGUCCGGUUCCCUUAUCCCAGAGGAUAAGAUCAUGUUUGGUGUACAUGCCCAUGCCCUGACAGCCCUCACUAUCAACAAGAUCAGAAAAGCAUACAACAAGGUUGACAGUAAGGCCAUUGCCAAACAGCUGGCUCUCCAGUCGCACGAGAACGCCACUCCCGUCAGGAUCAUCCACAACUCAGCUGGUCAUCUGAGUGGUCCAGCUAGAACACUGGGGGCUGUGCUGCUGGGGUAUCAGGGAGUGCGCACCUUCUGCCCACGCUCUGUAGCCAGCAUGUUGGAGAACGUCGGUGGCACGGCGGCCCUGCUGGGGCUCAUUGCCAUGGCAACGGAUGUGGAGGGUCUGUACGCAGCCGUGAAGGCACUGGUGUGUGUCGUCAGGAGCAACCGGCGUAGCAUGGAGAGUAUGGAGAGAACAAGAGGAUACCAGAUUCUGGCAAACCUUCUGAAGAACAAGAAGCAGCUGCUGAACAGCCACAUCCUCCACCUGACCUUCUCCCUGGUGGGAACAGUGGACAGUGGCAGGGAGUCCACCAUCAUCCCCAACAGGACUGCCUUCCAGGACCUGCUGUGUGAUCUAGAGGUCUGGCACAAUGCUCCAUUUGAUCUGCAGAAAUCUCUGUUUGAGCACUUCAUAGAGCUCCUCACAGAAUCAAGUGAGAACAGCAGUAAUGCCCUGCUGAUGAUAGAGCUGGGCAUGGUGAGUAAGCUGCUGCAUACCCUCCAGGACCGCUCUCUGUCCCAGACCACUGUGGACUCUGUUGCCAUGGUACUGGCACUGCUGCUACAGGGGUCUCUCAAGACCUCCGACCUGCUCAAGUUUGGUCAGUUUCUGGUUUCCACCUUACCCACAUUCUCAGUCAGUGAAAGAAACAUCACCAUGGAGAACCUUGUGGAUGCUGCCCUGGGUGUGCCAGACUCCUCACAACAGGAUGGAUCCAGAGGACAAGUGUUAGAUCUAUCGGAGCUGUCUGAGAGUGACUACAGUGGGCUGGUGUCAGCCAAGAGUGUGAGGCUGAGGAACACACUGCUGGAGCUGCUGUACGGACUGCUGCAUAACUCAUCAGGACAGGCUGUCAAUCAGCACUUUUGUGAGGAAGUCCAGAGGGCUCUGGGCUUUGAUUGGCUGCUUCUCUUCAUGCAAGGCCAUCUCCACCAAUCAACAGUCAUCAUUGCUGUCCGCAUCCUCUGCGUGUUGCUUAGCAACAUGGCGACUGUUACCAAGUUCCGAGAGGGCGGGCUAGGAGGGGGAGGAUGGCUGGAUGAAACAGAGCUCAUCAUUCACAAUAAGGGAGCAGUGCAGCUUCUGGGUUUUAAUGUGGGUGCUGGACCUAGCAAGUCUCAGAACAGGGAGAUUAACAAGGAGGCAUGUCAGCUGCCUGGGUUCAUGGUGCUGCAGUGGCUGCUGCCCAAACAUGCUCACAUCCCUGAACUCUACUUCAUCCUCAUGGCACUACUUCUGGGGCAGUCUGCACGCAAACCACCCAAAAACCCUCAGUUUGAUCUGGACUCCAUCUGGACGUACAUCUUCGGUGUCCCUGCCAGCCAAUCAGCUGGCUCCAUCACUCCGCAGCAGCCGAUGUGUCCUGAUGCUGUCAUCGUUAUUCUGUCCAUGGUCCGAGCCAUGUUCAACCAGCCCUGGCAAAUGGAGGACGAAGGUUCCUGGGUGCGAGAAUACCCUGUGACCCUGCUACAGUUCCUGCUCUUCCUGUACCACAACAACCCAGACUUCGUCCCCCUGUGCCAAAGUCCAGACUUCCUGUGCGCGCUGGCCGCCACACUCUUCCCGCUAACGGCCAGACCGUACUCAGAGCUGGUGAGUGAGCCGGAGAGUGAGAUGGCCUCGCCUGCUGAGUCCAGUGAAGAGUACAAGGCCUUUGCUGAGUCCAUGGUAGCCAGUAAGAGCUCCGACUCUGUCAGCACUGCAGCUAGAGGUGGUGACUGGAUGCGCUACUCCUGGAGAAAUGGACUAGGUUCCAUCCCGAGUCUGACCACCCACCCAGCCAGGAAGUUUGUGAUGGACUUCAUCAGGAUCAUCAUUGUGGACAGCCUAGCUCACUCCACUAACAGGGGGACUCCUGUGGUGGACCUGGUUUUAGAGGCGUCCCCUGAGCGAGCGACCCAGACCCAGCAGCGUGACUUCCAGACAGAGGUCCUUACGACGCUCAUGGACCAUCUCCUGGCAGCCGAUGCCCUGCUCGGCGACCAGGCGGCUCUCCCAUUGGCUGCAGGGGGAAGCUACAACGCACUGGUCUCCAACGUCUUUCACUUUGCUUCAAGAGUGGUGGACAAAUUAUGGCAAGGUAUCUAUAACAAAGAUGCUAAGGAGGUCUUUGAAUUCAUCGUCCAACUCAUCUCCCAAGCCAAGAGGAGAGCCCAUGGUAUGAGCCUGGACCCCAUCUACCACUGCCUGAACAGAACUAUCCUGUACGAGCUGUCCAGACCAUCUUCAACUAUUGCUGAACAAACAGCUAUCUUGGAUGCCCUACACCGUCUCACCAACAACCGCAGUCUGGUGUUCGGUCCCGGGAACUACGAGCAGGAUUUCAUUGGCUGCCUGUGUUACUGUCUGAUUCAGCUGACUAGUGACGCCGGUGACCUGUGUGUAACCAUGGAACCUGGUCGCAGAACGACGUGGCACGUGGAGCUUCCCGCCGACACCUGGGUGGACGUGUCGCACCACAAGUCGUGUCUGCUGGACGACAAGGCCCACCCACCGGCCAUGCAGCGCUCCAAUAGCACGUCCGAGGCUCAGCAGUUACUCAUCAAGGCAGCCAACAGGAUAUGGAGUGAGCUGCUGGUCACUAAGAAAGCUACUAUAGAGGAGCUGUUCAAGCUGACCCUGCCCCACUACAACGCUACCCCAGAUUUACAGUCUGUCAAGAUGUAUGGCUUCAAAAUGAUGCUUCUUGAACCUGCUUCCAAAGUGUGGAAGUUAUAUGUGGAUGGGGAGAGAAGGAACUGUAGCAAGGAACAAGAAAAGCAUCAGUCGAAACUACAGAAGAUGAGCAGUGGCCUGUCCCGUCUGGCGAGCCGUAAGGCCAGACGUGAUGCCAGUCAGGUCAAGAUCGUUCCAUCAUCCAUGCAGGAGGUGAAUGUGUGGAACUUCACCCACGUUGCGGUGGUGCGUGACCUUGUAGAGCUGAGGUACAAACAGUACCAGCAGGCGCAGCACCACAUGCAGAAGUACGUGGAGGAACAGUGGAACCAGAUGGAGCUGGAGCUGACGCGGGAGAGGGGACUGUGGGGCCCGCCGCUCGGCUCGCAUCUCGACAAGUGGAUGUUGGAGAUGACGGAGGGGCCAUGCCGCAUGAGGAAGAAACUCUGCUGCAACGACAUGUUCUAUAUCCACUACCCACAUCGGCCAGAGGGACCCAAUAACUCGCAGGUACAGAGUGCGUUUCCGCCCGCCAGGUGCGUGGACACCCCAGAGUUUUACCGCAGGCUACGACUGAUGGGAAAACUCCCACCCGAGAAACCCUCCAAGUACAGGGCUGCGAUCAGUCUGGACAGUAAGGAGUACCACAAGCGCUGCCAGGCGGAGGGGCGUCUGGAACACAUGGAACCUGACGAGAACGGUACAGACACCGACUCACAGCUGGACGCUUCCAUCGAUGUGACAGACGCUGACGUCAGCAAAUCUGGUCUGAAGCCCUCCAAGUCGCCUUACGAUGCAGAUGAGGAUGACACAGAGAGUACCCAGUCCACAGACAGUACUGCAGAGGAGACGGACAAACCCAACAACCAGACCAUCGUCAGACUGUUGGAGGAAGGCGAGAAGAUCCGGUACAUGUUCCGAUGUGCGCGAGUCCAGGGACUUGACACAUGCGAGGGGCUCCUGCUGUUUGGCAGAGAGCACUUCUACGUCAUCGAUGGAUUCACGCUCCUCAGGACACGGGAGAUCAGUGAUAUCGAUGGGAUUCCUCCAGGGUUACAUGAUCCAAUCAUCCCUAGGACCACCAGGUCUUCAGGACAACCAAGCCAGAUGAAGCGAAUGUGUAGUAAGUUUGCGUAUGAAGACAUCCGUGAGGUUCACAAGCGAAGGUACCUGCUGCAGCCCAUCGCUAUCGAGGUGUUCUCCAGUGAUGGCAGAAACUACCUUCUGGCUCUUCCCAGGGGCAUCAGGAACAAGGUUCACCAGAGGUUCCUGUCCCAUUGUGCAGCUCUAACAGAUAAUGCCAAGGAGUCAGUGUCAGGCCAGAAGGCCAAUGCCAAGGUGGAGCAGGGCUCCACCCUUCUGAGCUUGAUAGGAGAGAAGACAGUUACCCAGCGCUGGGAGCGAGGAGAUAUCAGUAACUUCCAGUACCUCAUGCACCUGAACACACUGGCAGGGAGGUCUUACAACGACCUCAUGCAGUACCCUGUCUUCCCCUGGGUGCUUGCAGACUAUUUGUCAGAGGAACUUGACUUGAAUGAUCCCAAAACAUUCCGUGACCUGUCCAAACCCAUGGGUGCCCAGACAGAGGACAGACUGAAACAGUUCCAGAAGAGGUACAUGGACUGGGAAGAUCCACAAGGAGAAACCCCUCCUUACCACUACGGCACACACUACUCCUCGGCGAUGAUCGUGGCGUCCUACCUGGUGCGGAUGGAACCCUUCACCCAGCACUUCCUGCGCCUGCAGGGCGGCCAUUUUGACCUUGCAGACAGGAUGUUCCACAGUGUGAAGGACGCUUGGAUGUCAGCCUCCAAACACAACAUGGCCGACGUGAAGGAACUCAUCCCUGAGUUCUUCUACCUUCCCGACUUCCUUCUCAACAAAAAUAACUUUGACCUUGGUGUAAAACAGAGUGGGAUAAAGCUAGGAGACAUCCUCCUACCACCCUGGGCUAAGGGAGACACCAGGGAGUUCAUCAGGGUCCACAGAGAGGCCCUGGAGUCGGACUAUGUGUCAGCACACCUCCAUGAGUGGAUUGACCUGAUCUUUGGGCAGAAGCAGCAGGGGGAGGAGGCCAUCAGGGCCACCAACGUCUUCCACCACCUCUUCUACGAGGGCAGGGUGGACAUCUUCAGUAUCAAUGACCCUCUCAAGAAGAACGCCACCAUCGGAUUCAUCAACAACUUUGGACAAAUCCCUAAACAGCUGUUCAGGAAGCCACACCCUCCCAAGCGAGCGCGUAUGUUCCGCAGCAUGAGUUACAACAACGACGGCAUGCCAGUCGUCACCAACAACCCACAGGACAGGAUCUUCUUCCACAACCUGGACAACCUACGGCCCAGUCUGCAACCCAUGAAAGAGCUGAAAGGUGCUGUUGGACAGAUCACAGCGACUGACAAGGCUGUCCUGGCUGUGGAGCAGAACAAGGUCCUCAUCCCUCCAGCCUACAACAAGUACAUGGCAUGGGGGUUCGCUGACCUCAGCAUCCGCACUGGGACAUAUGAGUCGGAUAAGGCAUCUGGUGUGUACGAGGGCCUCCAGUGGGGAGAGGUGCUCUGUGCAGCCUGCCCUAGUGCCCGAGUGUUGAUCACAGGAGGGACCAGUACAGUAGUGUGUGUCUGGGAGAUGCCUGGAAAGGACAAGACCAGACAACUCGUACUCAAACAGGCCCUGUAUGGACACACAGAGCCUGUGACCUGCCUGGCAGUGUCCUCAGCGUAUAACGUGAUCGUUAGUGGCUCGCGAGACCGCACCUGCAUCAUCUGGGACCUGAACCAGCUCAUCUUUGUCCGUCAGUUACGGGACCAUGCUGCACCUGUUGCUGCAGUAUAUGUCAAUGAGCUGACGGGAGACAUUGCAACCUGCGCUGGCACAUUCCUGUAUGUGUGGACCAUUAAUGGGGAACCCAUAGCCAGUGUCAACACCAUGACUACAGGCCGCAACCAGCAGAUACUCUGUGUGUGUAUGUCAGAGUUGAUGGAGUGGGACGUGCAGAACGUGAUCAUGACGGGCUCCAGCGACGGUGUGGUGCGGAUGUGGAGUGUGGAGUUUGUGCAGGUGCCUGACUCGGAGGUGGCUCGGGAGGAGGAGAGGAUGGAGGUGGAGAAGACAGACCAGGGGAAGGAACCACUGUCAGGGAAGGAGGCCUUGUCUCUACAGGUGGUGGGGCCGGGCACUCGACAGGGUGAGCUUAAAGUAAAUGAUGAAGAUCUGGAGAGCAGCAACUCCGACGACGAAUCGGUGACGUCCCAGGACACCAUCACAGCUGAGGAACCAGCCAAGGACCAGAAGCUGGAGAACAGCAGAUGGACAGGUGCAGGGAAGAUAGCGUUUGGAAGUGCCCUCCCUCCUGAACUGGUGACUGGAGCUCCCAAGUCUGGAAGAGAUGCAGACAACAACGAACAGAACCCAACAGCCUCUGCAGCGGACAACUGGUCGUCACCAGAAGACUUUGUUAUUGUGACAGACAAGGACGUGGCAGAGGCCAUCAAGUCUGUGAAACCUACCAAGCCACAGGAGCCACAGAAGCUGACCAAAACAGCAGAAGUCCAGAAAACGGCAGAGCCUCAGAAAUCUGCAGAGCCUCAGAAAACAGCAGAGCCACAGAAAUCAACAGAGCCACAGAAAUCAACAGAGCCUCAAAAACCUACAGAGUCACAGAAACCUGCAGAGUCACAGAAAACAGCAGAGUCACAGAAACAUGCAGAGCCUCAGCAAACCACGAGUCAGAGAAAACAUAGUGCGCUCAGACCAGGUUUUAAGUGGCAGAGACAGUUGGUGUUCAGAAGCAAGUUGACCAUGCACACAGCUUACGACAGACGGGACAACCAUGAGCCUGCGGCCGUUACUGCACUGGCCACGUCAAAGGACCAUACCAGGGUGUUUGUGGGUGAUGCUCGGGGGAGGGUCUACAGCUGGUCUGUUGCCGAGCAGCCAGGUCGGGUGAUGACGGACAACUGGACCAAGGACGAGGGGGUGGACAGUUGUACGGCCUGUGGGCUGAGGUUCAGUCUGACUGAGAGGAAGCACCACUGCCGCAACUGUGGGCAGGUCUUCUGUGCCAGGUGCAGUCGUUACCAGUCGGAGAUCCGUAGCCUUCGUGUCACGACACCUGUACGCGUCUGCCAGGCCUGCUACAACAUCCUGACCGUCCAGCACGCCUCCGAGGCCCUGGUCAAGUCCGAGGCCGCGUGGUGGUGACACCGUCCAGAACGAUCCCAACCUACCCACCCCUGCAGGGCAAUGGCUUGGUCUUGUUGAUGGUGCAUGACGGAGAGUCGGACAAUUCCAUUUUAAUCUGAGAGGGGACAGUUGCAGGGACCGGAAGUGAACUCAACUAAAUGUAUUAUAUUUCAGUGAUAUGAUUGUGAGUUCCUGUUUCUGUGUGAUUUUGUGUUAUAUGGUCCAAAAUAGUUCUGAUGGACCCAACCUUUUCCUUGCCUGGGAUGAGAAGGGUUCCCAAUGAAUUUGUAAAUAAAUAAUGUCCAGUCCAAAUAUUUGGAGAUUAAAGACAACUUUUUGUGCUUGUAGAUUGUACUCUAUUUAUGCUAAGUGGAGA